AUGGCGGACCCUGUGACUGGUGCCGCCAUCAGAAUCUGGAGUGUAAAUUUAGUAGAGACAAGAGAGACCAAAUCAUCAAAGAAAGCGACAGAGCUCCUCGCUCGCAUUGACCAACUCGAAAAGGAACUUGCAUCUGCCAAAGCUGACGCCUUUCGCUCAACCAUAAGUCUUCAACUUCCAGAAAGCAAGAUAUCUGCCAGUAACCAAGCACCCCUCCGCCUCGGCCAGAACUGGUAUCAUCGAGGAAUGCCUGUUGUUUCGGAAGAUGGUUUUAAAUGGAUCAAGUCGAUUACUACGCAGGACACUACAAGAUUUGAGAAUCAUUUACUAGGCUCUGCACACCUCUUCUCGUGUAUCAGCUACCCAACCUAUCCUAGCAGUGGUGAAUCAUUGGAAUUACCUGAUAUAAGUUUGGCCUUAAGGACUUUCAACGCGGAAACUAGCUUGGCGUACGCGGAUUGCAAUCCGAAUGCUUCGCAAGGGCAUCUAGCAGCUACGGCAAGCUUGUUGGCAGCUUUUACCGUUGCGUCAUACUUGAAGACCAGUGCGGAAGUCGCUUCUAUCGAUGCCCAGGCCAUUGCGUCGAGGGCUCAAGGUCUGCUAGGUCGUAUUGACCGGUUUGCCAACUUGGACGCUUUGCAGGCUAUUUUAUUACUGUACAAGUAUCGAAUAGCCACUGGACAAUACGAUGCCGCGGGGGCACUACUUCCUACAGCCUGCCGAAUGGUUUGCACACUCGAUGGCCAUAUGAAGCAUCCUACACCUAGCAAAGCGGCUCCCGAUAUGCGGAGAGAGCACAUUCGAAACCUUUUCUGGACUUGCUAUAUUGCCGAUAAGGACAUGAGCCUUAUAACUGGGCAACCACCUCUCCUUGCAGACGAGUACAUGGACUUGGGUGAUGCUGAAUGCAGUAGUCCCGCCCAGGAACUCGAUGAAGUAAUCGACAGUUCCGUUGCUUGUAAACUCCUUGCUUUCGCCACCGGAGACCGCAGACUUGGCCUUCUAAAGGCCAAAGUCUUUCGUGUACUUUACUCCCCCACCGCUCUACAUAUCACCGACAGCGAACUUCUGACUCGUAUCCGGAGGUUGGACGACGAACUUGAGAACUGGCGAGUGAAUACCUAUCCCCUGCUCCGACCAAAACUCGGCAUAGCCAGGAGUAGUUCUGGAUAUGGAUCGGUGCAGCCGUGUUUACGUGCAGCUCACUUGCAACUGGAGUACAAUUACCUCCUGACAAUGGUACACAGCGUCGUCCGGAGAUUCGGCGUAGCUCAUGAUCCAGAUGCAGGCUUGCCAGAGGAUAUCCACCGGGUCAUGCACUCGAGUAUCGAUCUGGCGUUGGGCGCCGCGCGAAACACGAUCCAUGCUAUUAGUGAGCCGGUUACGGUGCUCAAGGGCAAAACUUGGUGCACCGUGUUUCAUCCUCUGACGGCGGCCAUGUCGUUAUUCGUCAACAUCCUUAUACACCCUACAAGUGACCAGGCGGUGACCGAUGUGGAAUGGCUGGCAUUGGCAUCCAAGACUAUUCAUGGACUUGCGGUGGCAUGCUCGGCCGAGGAGCUGAAAUACUUGCAGCAGGCAGAUGACUUUGCGGCGGAGCUGCUGAAACUGGCAAACGGUGCAAUAGCAAGGCGUUCAUAG